AUGGAAUUUCUCUUGUCUUUCUCUCUCUCUCUCUCUCUCGCCUCUUUCCCAAGAAUCUAUCUUCUUCUCUAUCUCUCUCGGAUCUUUUUUCACUUCUUUCUCAAGGAUCUAUCUAUCUUCUCUCUCUCUCUCUCUCUCUCUCUCUCUCUCUCUCUCUCUCUCUCUGAUACUUUUCACCUCUUUCUCAAGAAUCUAUCUUCUCCUCUCUCUCUCUCUCUCUCUCUCUCGGAUCCUUUUUCACUUCUUUCUCAAGGAUCUAUCUUCUUCUCUCUUUCUUUCUUUCAAGAAUUUUCCUCCUCACCCUUCUUAUUCUUCUUCUCUCUCUUUCACUCAUUCAAGAAUUCAUUUUUUUUUCUCCUGUCUUACUACUCUUUCUCUCAUCAUUUUUUUCAUCUCUUCACCUUCUUUCUCACGGAUCUAUCUCCUCACUCACUCUCUCUUUCUGCUAUCUCUUUCUCUCUCAUCGUUUUGCUAUUUCACCUUCUUUCUCGCGGAUCUGUCGAGUGA